AAACGAGCACCGACCUAACUGUCGCCGCCAAAAUAUCUGACGUACAUACGCAUAACCGUCGUCGGGCAAGGUAGACUUUCAUUCGCUGUUUGGUACUCCGAGGAGAAGCAUUAACCGUUGUUCGUGUUUAAGAAAACUUUUAAGAAAGUAUUAUAAAAGAUGUCAGGACGCGGUAAAGGUGGAAAGGCUAAGGGAAAGGCGAAGACCCGCAGUAGUAGGGCAGGGCUGCAGUUCCCUGUCGGAAGAAUCCAUCGUCUUUUAAGAAAAGGAAAUUAUGCGGAACGAGUAGGAGCUGGAGCGCCUGUUUAUUUGGCCGCUGUGAUGGAAUAUUUGGCGGCUGAAGUACUCGAGUUAGCCGGGAACGCCGCAAGAGACAACAAGAAGACGAGGAUAAUUCCACGUCACUUACAAUUAGCUAUUCGCAAUGACGAAGAAUUAAAUAAACUGCUCUCGGGUGUAACAAUCGCUCAAGGUGGUGUCCUGCCUAACAUUCAAGCGGUGCUUCUGCCGAAGAAAACCGGUACUGGUGGAUCUGGAAAGGGAGACAAAACAUCCCAGGAAUAUUAAUAAUCAUUAGAAUAACCUUUCUAACUUAACAGUACUUUAGGGCUAUAUCUUUGUUUCUUGAGCCAUUAAAGAAAAACAAAAUAAUCUCUGGACCCUAUCAGAUUACCAUCGCUUCAUCAGACAUUCGUUGUAAAAUUAUUUUAGUUAACGGUAUAAACUACUAUUUUAUUACUGAAUAACAUCUUUUAUUUAGCGAUAAUGUAAUAGCAAAUUGUAUUAUUACUUAAAAGAAGUCUUUUACCUAUGCUUAGAUCUAUUAUCUAAGUAUUAACCAAACUGUCAUAACUGUACUAUGUUUUGUAUGUUUUUUUUCUUUCGAUUUUGUAUUAAAAGUUCUUAGUGACUUGUAUGAUUUAUGAAAUGUAACAACAAGUAUAACUCAUUUUUAUGUUUUUGUUGACUGUAAACAAUACUUAGAGUGAAAAUAAAACAUCAUUACUCUUCA